UCAUCACGUGUCGAGUCUGUAUCCCACCAAGCCAAUUUUUUCCCCUCCGUAAGACUGGACGCGUUGACCUAGACGAACGCUUCUCACCCUCACAAAAGGCAGGAGCAGGCGUACAAAUACGACACUUGCACUUGGAGUCGAGCAGAAGGCAGAACACUGAAGGGGAGACAUACAGGCCUGAGUACUCUGCUGCUUAAAGUUGUUGUGUUGGUGCAGUUGUUUGCUCGUCUUGGUUCACUACGCGGCUUUUGUUCUCUUCAUACAUCAACUCAGCAGCGGGGAAGCUUAAAGGAGUGCUGUCUCAAGAGUACAGAGAAGCUGAGGUCAGGGCCAUGAACUUCAACACUCCCCUAUUGAUGGUGUGCAUUGUGGUGGCGGUAGUGGCGCAAGUGACCACGGCUGCCUACAUCCCCACCGCCUCUGAGGAGCAGGACGUCAUACAUAGACUGUCCACCUUCAAGAGUGCACAGAGCCAGUUAGUUCGAAGACCCGAUGGCACCUACCGCUUCUCCUUCUCGCUUCCUCAGCAGGAGAGGACUGAGCAGCGGGACAAAGACGGGAAGGUGAUCGGGUCUUAUGCCUUCGUGGAUCCUGUAGGUGAGGAGGUGUCUGUCAAGUACGAGGCUGACCAUGAAGGGUUCCGCGCAGAGAGUGACGCCCUUCCCCAGGUGUGGGUGGUGGCGGUGGCGGGCUGGUGUUGUUCCUCAGCAGCCAGCGAGACUCUGUACGAAGGACCGCUGCUCUCCACCUUCAAAGAGAUAACACAUAGGGAAUCUCGGGGCCCGCUGGGAUCAUACCAGUUCUCCUUCUCCCUCCCGCAGCAGGAGAGAUUUGAACACAGGGACGAACAGGGAAAGGUGACAGGCACGUACACAUUCGUGGAUAAGAUCGGGAAUGAAGUGUCCGUGAAUUACGACGCUGAUCACUCCGGAUUCCGCGCCAGGAGUGAUUCCCUUCCGCAGCCGCCACAGGACACCCCAGACGUGGCUAAGGCAAAAGAGGAAUUCCUGAGACACUACCAGCGAACAGCGCAGCUCCUGAAGUUGGUUGACGAGAAGGAUGACUCGGAGUCUUCUGAGGAGGACGAUGAUGAUGAGAGUGAAAGUGACGAGGAUAGCAGUAGCUCGGAGGAAGACGAGGACAGUGACGAAGACAGUGACGAGGACGAGGAAGAGGAUGAUGAUGAUGAAGAGGAAGAAGAGGACAAAGGACAGGAAGAGGAUGACGAGGGUGAGGAAAGUGUGAGAGGGCAAGGGUAUAACGAAAGAGGAAGAGAGCAGGAAGAGGAGGAAGAAGAGGAGGAGGAGAAGGAAGAACAGUUAAGUGAGACCAGGUUGUUGUUUGAAAAAGUCUUACCUGCGCACCUGAAUAUUCCUUUUAAUUCCGCGCAAAGAACUGCCAAACUAAUAACAUUCGACCCGGCUUUCCUUCGCCAGCCAAGAUUCAACUCAAACAGGCAAAUUUCCUCACCUGGUCAAAACUCCUUCCCUUGAAUUGAACUUACAAUCCAACGUGCUUCUUUUCCGUCUUUCACUCCUUCGUUUUCAUAUCUUCUAUUAUUUUAUUGAUCCUUUUCUCGUUUUCCCAGUUUAGUAUUGUGUUUGUCCUCCUUCCGUGGCAUCUUACGUGCGAGAUCUUCCGGAUAUUGACUGAAGAAUCAAUCCGUUUAUUCGAUAUGAACUAAGUGCAUUUCACAAAAAAAGAACAUCUAGAGGAGAAAUGAGAAAAGACAUGACUCGAUAACUUUCCUUUAUUCGGCAUGAAAUGGUGGAGGUGAUGAAAAGAAUUAAAAGAAAAAGAAACGUUAUUAUCUCCCUCUAUUAUCUAUUUCUCCUCCACUCCUUCCUCUUCUUCGUCUUUCAUCAUACGUAAGAGGGGAGAAGAGGAAGUGUCCAUAGAAUCAUAAUGUCCUCUCCUCUUCUUCCGUCUCCUCUUUCUCCGUCAUUGGUGGCUAAUAAAACUAAGGGCAGAGUAAGGCAUUGUUUUUAUUUGUUGUAUUCAGGUCAUCGUAGCAUAGUCAUCGUAACACUUAACCUAAAACUAAUACGCGCUGACGACAAGUAACCUUUUAAUGGGUAUGAAAAGUAGUUACACGCAUCCUUCGACCUACAAUAGGGUGUGGUUCUGCUUUGAUUAACGCCCCAUCUGUGAAGAAUGGAGUGCAGUAAACAGGAUGAAGGAAGCGGCUGAGUGUAAAGGACGUCCUGGAUGAAGGCGGGAUAAAAUAGACGAUUCGACACAUAAGAAAUGACAUGUAAAGGGUAUUUGUGAGGUUAGUGAGAGGAAAUGUGAUGUUAUGGUUUAGGUGCAAUCAAAUAUCGAAACACUUAUCUCGGACCACAAAACACGAUUAGUAGAGAGGGAGACAACCACCACCAGCACCACCACCAUCACCACCACCAUGUAAACCACUAAUGAAAUAUCGAAACACUAAUCACGCUCUACAAAACACGAAUAGUAGAGAUGAGACAACCACCACCAUCACCACCACCACAACAGCAACAACGAAGAAGAUUUGGGUACGUGAAAUAUUUCAAAUCUGAAUUGUUUGCUAAAAAAUGUAUUAACUUUCCAGCAUUGCAAAUAAAUCCAUGAGGUGA